CCAAUUUCACCCUUUACUGCCCUACGCGCGCCCUUGAAUACCACUCUCUCGACCUACUCUUCGAAGGAACUUCAUCCUUGCACGGUUAUUACGCCGAUCUCCCAAUCUCAACUGUGCCCCUCCGUCGCAGCCACAAAAGUCGAAUUACACGUUGGUGCGGGGAGCAAAAUCGGACUUUCGCAAGUCGCUCUUCCCACCUCUCUCUCCCCGCCGUCGCAACCCACACAGAAAUAGACGACGCCAUUGAGCAUACAUACACACACACACACACACACACACACACACACACACACACACACACACACACACAAACCAAAAUGCCUCUCGACACGUCUACCACAUACCCGCUCACCAAAUUACGCCUGGAUGGCCGACGCUGGAACGAGCUGCGGCUCCUUCAGGCCCAGAUUUCCACCAACCCCGCCAGUUCGGGCUCGUCAUACCUCGCCAUGGGCAACACGGCGAUCAUCUGCUCGGUCCACGGGCCAGCCGAGGGCCGUCGCGGAGAUGCCUCCGGCGGCUCAGCGGGCUCCUCCGGGGCGGUCGUGGAGGUGGAUGUGAACGUCGCCGGGUUCGCGGGGGUGGAUCGGAAGCGCAGGGCGGGAGGAAGUGACAAACAAUCCUCGCGCAUCGGGACCAUCCUACGCUCCGCCUUCCAGUCGCACCUGCACACCUACCUCUACCCGCACAGCACGAUCAGCAUCCACGUCUCGGUGCUGUCGGCGGACGGCUCCCUGCUGGCGGCGGCCGUCAACGCCUGCACGCUGGCCCUGGUGGACGCGGGGAUUCCCAUGCCGGGGCUCCUGUGCGCCUGCACGGCCGGCAUGAGCGGUAGCGCGUCCACGCCCCGCGACCCCAACAACGACUUCCUGGACCCCCUGCUGGACCUGUCCCUGCCGGAGGAGCAGGAGCUGCCGUUCCUGACGGUGGGGACGACGACGACGGUGCCGGUCGGGGAGGCGGCGAUGAUCCACGAUGACGAGGACGAGAUGAAGGUGUCGAUGUUGACGAUGGACUCCAAGGUGCACUGCUCGUAUGUGGAGACCAUGCUGGCGGUGGGCAUUGACGGGUGCAAGCAGAUCCGGGAGAUUCUGGAGGGGGUGAUCAAGAAGUCGGCUCGUCGGUGAUUUUGUGUUUGUUUUGUAUUGUAUUUGGUUGCGUUGCGAUGAAAAAGCAUGGCAGGCGAAAUAUUCGUGUAUAUACCCCGUGAAAUGAAUGCCAU